AGGAUGUGGAGGGCUCCGCUUCUUCUCAGCCUCGUUUCUUUCUCCGCCUCGCAACAGAUAUUCAGAGGAAAUCCAAGAUCAUUUCAGGUAGAUAUUUCUCCGACUGGUCAGAUCCAGGGUUGGAUGGUUUGGGAGAUUGGGGGAGACGGAAAAUUCUUCCUAAAACACAAGGAACAGAUAACAGUGAUACCAGACGAGAAAGACAAGAUCACCUCAGAACAGUUCCAAUAGCUCAAGAUAAGCUUAUAACAGCUCCAAUAGCUCAAGAUGAGUUUAGAACAGCUCCAAUCGCUCAAGAUCAGCUCAAAACAGCUCCAACAGGUCAAGAUGAGUUUAGAACAGCUCCAGUCGCACAAGGACAGCUCCGAAAACCGUCCGAAGAUCGCAGAAAAUUAUUCGGUGGAAGACGAAGGGAAGGAGGAGGAGAAGCAGGGAGUGGGGGUGUCCCAAGGGGUGCUCCUAGGGCCGACCAAGGGGCCAGGGCUAUAAAUAAAGAACUAGUGGGGGAACGAAGAUCCCAGCAGAACUAUUUUAGAGAAAAUCAGGCGAGUGGUGCACUAUAUGAAGACGACAUUUAUGAACAUGCGGGAAGUAGGAGACAAGAAAUCCGAGAGUAUAGACCAAGAAGGAUUAAAACUGGAGAAAUCAAAUCUCAAGGGGGUGGGAGACCUUUCGUGAAUAGAAGACCUUCUAUAGAAGAAUUCAAGGCGCCACAAAGACAAGAAACCUUGAGACCAUCAGCUCCGAACAAUAUAAGAAUAAAACAGCAGCAGGAGGUCUGGCCAGACAUUACUCCGAGACAGAUUCAAACAACCAAGAAUGAUGAGAGUACUAGUAUACGGUUCUAUGAACCUGAGGAUUUCUCAAUGCAACCGCCAACAACAACAAAUAGUGCUGGAAGACGUAAACAAAUAUUCUCUGAAGAUCAUCCUGGUUCCUUGAGUUUUGGUAUUUUUAAUAGCCCCGCCUCCUCCACAACUAAGAAUGCCGAGGAAGUUAGAUCCCAGACCGAGUCCUGGUUUCAAACAGAUGUUAUCAAUAAUGACCAAUCCAAGGCUGAGGAGAAUAGCAGGGUUAACCUCAAUACAGAUAAUGAAAAUAUAAGAUGGGGGAGUGUACAUAGUUCUACGCAAAAACCAGUUUUAAGUGAAGAAACAGUUGAAGAGAGAGAGGAACAACAAAGAAUUAAGAUAAAACCUAAACGUUGGAAUUCAGAUUUUGAACACUUUAAGCAGCAGUCAGGCCUAGAGGAAGAAAUAUCUCAAUCUAAGAAAUAUUCAAUGAAUUAUGACAGAUUAGGUCAAGCUAAUCAAAGAUCAGAAAUGAAAGAAGAAGAAAAUAAAGAACCAAGUUUACCUACUGUAAGGUUUAACAGAAAGCCCAUAGGAGUACGAAGAAAAGAGAUGAGGGAUAGAGAACUCCCAAGGGAAAGAACAGAAGAAAACAAGUUUAACGAUUUCAAAGAUAUUGAUAACAAUCUUAACAAGGAAACACCAAAUUUAGGUGAUAAGCAUACACCCAAUCCUGACUACUUCAACAGAAAUUCUGCCGAAAGAAAUUUUGAUAGAGAGCUGUUCAAUAAACAUAGAAAAGAUGCUUUGGACCUACAAACAUCAACUACAGCUCCAAAUUAUGACAAUCAGGAUCGUAGGAAAACAAAAGUUAUGAUGAGACGUCCCAACUCAGAAAUUAGGUCAAAAAUUACCGGGAAGUCUAUGGAAAGCAUUGCAGGUGAUAUGAUUGAUGAAUUCCCAGAAAUAGACUUGGACAAAGGUUUAAAUAUCGACGCAAAGUUAGAUGAUAUGGCCAUGGAGGAGGAACCCAAAAUGUUUGAUGUCAACCAGUACAACAGAGAUUCAGAUGAUCAAAGUUUUACGAGUAAACAACUUCCUCCUCGUAUCAAUUAUGAUGAUCAAGAUCGAAGGAGAACCAAGAUAAUCAGCAAACGUCCAAACUUUGAUAUUCAGACACCAUUUAUUAAAGCCAUGGAAAAUAUAAAGAUAAACCUGUUUAAUGAUCCCACCACAGCCCCACAAUUUGAAUCAAUCAUCCCAAAUGAGAAGCCUGAAUUUGAUGAGAAAAGUAAAGAAGGGUUGGGAUUUUUUGGACCCUUUUUUGAUUUAGAUUUUCCAAGUGAGGAUGACGUUGUUCCUUUUGAAAACAUUGUAGAAAAGGGGAAAACUGAGGAGCAAACUUCAACAUCUUCUUCAAUGCCAAGUAUUUUUCUUCCAACUGUGAACCCUGAACCCUUUUCAAGCGAGGAACCUAAAGUAGAGUUCAAUGAUUUUAUUUCCAGUAUUCCUGAGUUUGAGGAUGAUGCUCCCUUAACCAUAAUUCCAAUGGGCGAAGAUCUACCCAAAUCUGUAAUGGAAACUGAUCCAGAAGUAUCUGCUACGAUAUCCUACAAUGAUAAAGAACUUAGUUCUGAAGAAUCUGGCAUCAUGAAAGAGAGUACUAGGAUUUCCACCAGUUUGCCAUCAGAUGAUGCUAUGCCCUUGGAUGUUGUUUUUUCAACCAGCGAACUUCCACAAGCAGAGGAUAUAAGUAAUAUACUGGAAGAAAAUGAAUAUUCCAAGACACACAUCAGACUUCAGAAAACCAAGGCAAGAGAAACGGUUAAAACUUUGGAAACGAUUGUUAAACCAACAGUUCCCUCAACUGCUACUUCAAUAUCUGAUGUGCAGGAAGAAAAUAGAUACUCCCUAACACAUAUCAGUAAAUUGAAAACCAAGAAAAAUUCUGGGGCACCAAGAGAUUACUCCAAAGUACAGGUCAAAGAUAUUUUAAAAAAGAUGCCUGUAUCAAAGUUGACCCCAUUACUUAGGAGUGGAGGGUUUCAAGUGUCUGAUCUAUUUAAAAAAGUUCCAGAAGCUUUGGAUUUAGUUUUCAAAGCAAUGGGAGAUGACAGCUUUCUGGAGGAACAGUUGUCUGAUAAUGGAAAAGGUGAUGAAGAUGAUGAAGAAAUGAAAAUGGCAGAAUCAGAAUCUCAGAAAGAGGAAUCUCUUGAAGCUGAUGAAACAGAUUCUGAGAAUAAGUUAAAAAUGCCCUGGCCAUCAAGACCAAAGAUGGAGAGAAAAUCAAACUCAAGGUCUUAUCAAUCAUCUAGAGAAGAGGAUAAUGCAAAUGAAGUCAACAACACAGAGAAAAGGGAUGAUGAGGAUCUACGGAAAGAAGCUCAAAGUAUGGAUGUGAAAUCAUUGAUGAAGAAAAUUAGUCCAAUGAGUCUAAGUGAGGUUUUGCAAAUUGUAGGAUUUUCUCUUCCAGAUGUUAUGGGAGGAGACAAAAAUGCAAUCUAUGCAGUUUUAAAGUAUCAUAAAAAUAAAAACAGCCCAAAAUUGGAAACCAAAUCAGAAACAGAACCAGAGGAUGAUUCAGAACCUGAAUAUAACAAUGAAAGGAAAUGGAGGCCAAACUCAUCAAAAGAGGAUGCUGAAAUAUCCAGCUCUACAGCAGCAACUACAACUACUAAAGAAUCAAGUAAUCCUAAACGAAAAACAAGUGCCAUAGAUUUGUUUGCAAAAUUUAAAAAGAAGUUUAGAACUGUGACAACCACAGCUAAAAGUACAACCCUGGCCCAAAAUAUGGUAACCUCAGCCAAUAGAAGGUUUGGAGAAAGAACAACUCGCCGUAGAUACAGUUCUGAAUCUGCCCCUGAAAAAGAGGAUAAAAUUUUAGAUGAGAAGAUUUUAGAUUUGGAAAAACUCUCUGAAACAAAAGAAGAGAAAGUUGAGGAAGAAAAAAAAUCUUUUGAUAAAAAUGAGUUUAAAGAUUAUUAUGAAGAUUCAAUUGCAGAAAAGCAGGAUGAAAAUGAAGAAAUGGUUGCAGUUACUUCCCCAAAUGAUGAUAUGAUGAAUUAUACACUUGGCAAUCUAAACAUGACUGUUGACGACUUUAAGGAGAGAAAAGAUGAUUUGACUGUACCAGAUCUUAGCCAAAUCUUUGACACAAUCACAAGAAAAUCAGACUCAGAGCCGGAUAUUAUCUAUGGAGCUAAGACACCAGAGAAAGACAAAGAAGUCCAAAAGAAAGAGCGGCCAAAAUAUAUUCAAAUGGAUUUUGGUAAAGGUGGAUAUAGAGGCGGAUACAGCAAUCCAUUUAACACUAGUUUAAGUGGAAACUGGGGAUCUGGAAGCUCAGGUUUAGUCACCAAUAGACGUACUUCAACCACAACAAGAAGUCCAAUAACCUAUUUUGACAUCAACGGUGAUCUUGUUGAAGAUAACCUUGACAUAAACAGUCUAAGUGAAAACUCCCUGCUAGGGGAUUAUGAAGUUAUGGAUUAUCUUGAUCAAUAUAUUGAUGAGAGCGUUGAAGAUGUACCUGAAGGUAUAAAGAGUGCACUGAUUGCAAGUUCUGUGGUGGGUGGCCUAGCCGUAAUCCUCUUUCUGACAAUUUUCAUGCUCUGCUUGUGGAAGCAGAUGAAGAGUAAGCUGAGGAUGUCAGGAGACUACCCAGAGGAGAAAAGAGGAGUUCUCUCUUGGCUCUUCUGUGCUAGGAAGGAGACUGAGGAGAAAGAGCAGAGUGGGUAUUUUAACAAGGUAUCAACAAGCGUGGAGCAUUCAGAACCAAACUAUAGCACCACAAGUUCUGAAGAGUACUGAUUUUACUACCAAGAAGAAAAUUGAAGACUGCUUAUUUUCAAUGAAAAUUCUUCAAAAGUCGAUCUAGGGUUUGUAGAUAUUUCCUAACAUCUGAGCUAGCUAAAGCUUAAAGACAAUUUCUGUUGAAAAAUCAUGUCAAAUUAUCUACUAAAAAAACAUUGUACUUUAGGAAAUUAAUUUUAUUAUUUUAUGUUUUGUACUCUUUUUCUUCCGGAAAUUGUGUGGGGGUUGUGCAAUAUUUAAAGAAUCUCUGUGAUUUAGUGAAUCAAAGACACUGGUAGAAAUGUGCAAUAUAAAUUAUAUUUGUGUUAACUAUG